CUCACGCGCGCUCGUCCACGCGAGACACCGCGCGCGCGCGUAUCGUCGCCCGCCGCGAUGAGCGACCCUACGCUCGCGAACACGGCGGAGAACGCGGACGAAGUCAUCAGCGAAGAAGUCGCCGUCGCGAACGAGGCGAAAGACCUCGAGAAGCGCAUACACACGAUCAGCGGACGCGUCGCGCAGCUCGACAUGAAUCUGCGAACGUGCUGCGACGAUCUGACGACGAUGAGCGAGAGCGUGAUGCGCCUGAAGAAGCGCGCGUCGCGGCUCCCGCCCGGGUCUGAAGAGCGGAAGCAGUCCGAACAGAGCCUGUAUCAAGCGCAGCUCGUGAUGAAAGGCGCCGGGCCCGCGGGCGCGCUCGACGGGUACCUCAAACCGCGACCGAACUCGAAGUUUCUCAAGCUCUUCCUCGGCGCCGCCGUCGACGUCACGUCGCAGCGGCAAGAGAACCGCCUGAAGAUCAAAGAGGAGUACUACGAGUUCAGGGACAAGAGCACGUACGCGUACAUCUUCUGGCCGUGCGCGCUGCUGUACCUGAACCAGCAGCGGAAGAAGCUCGCGUCGGAGCCCCAACAAAACGGCGGCGGCGCGUUCAGCCUCGCCACCGCGUUCCCGGCGCUCGUGCAGGCGUACUGGGUGUGGAUGCUGUAUUUUUACGCCGCGCUCGCGUUGAGGGAAAACGUCCUGCGCGCGAACGGGUCGCACAUCCGCGCGUGGUGGGUGAACCACCACUACUACUCCAUCGGCAUGUGCCUCGUCGUCUUGACCAUGGACGUGCAGUCGAACGCGUGCCUCGAUUACAUGACGCGUUUCCUCGCGUUCACCGCGUUGCAAGGAGCGGUGAUGCUCGCGCAGAACCGGUACCAACGGUUUCGGCUGUACACGCGCGUCGCGAUGGGGAAGGCGAACCCGAUGGACGUCGCCGGCGGGGAGAUGGGCGGGAACACCGGGCAGCUGAAGCUGUUGUAUCCGCUCCUGUUCGGGCUGCAGAUGACGCAGAUAUACUUUGGCGCGGUCGUGCUCAAGGCGGUGGCGGUGGAGCACGGCAUGGACGCGUUCGGCAGCGGCGGGUUCGGCGGCGGCGACAAGAGCGGCGCGGGGAGGAGAGGGAAGGGCGACGUCGCGGGGCCGACGGAGUUUGAUUUUUUCAAGGAUUGGCAAGCCCCCGCGUGCGGGCUGCUGUUCAUCGUCAUGGGCGUGGGGAACUUCCGGGCGACGUUGCAGACGUGGCUCACGAAGCGGUCGUACGCGUCGCGCGCGAAGCGAGACUGACAGUGUACUGUAGACGUCGUUUUGUCCGAGCCGAGCUGGCACACCUUUGAACUU